AUGGCAUUUGCUCAGAUAACCGGGUUCUCCUUUCGGCCGUUGAAACGAGCAACGCGGGCUUCAGCAUCAACAAUGCCCAAACUUCGCACCCUUCCCUUCUGGCUGGCCGUCAGAGUCUUCAUUAGACGUAUCCGUUAUCGACUGCAGACCCCCCUUGCGCUGCGGGGUAGUAUCUAUAGCCUCAGACGACUUCACAAGCAUCCCUAUCUUGCUCUCUUCCGCCUCUUUAUUCCAUGGCCGACAUGGCGAUUUCCCCUGCCAGAGCCGAUACCUGUGAAGGAAAUACUAGGAAAUGAACCUCUUAUGUUUGAGAGGAGGCGCUAUUUUAAUAUAUACACUAGUAUACCGAUCUGGUGUAUGCGAGAUACCUCGAUACGCUCACUUUAUCGGCUCUAUGAAUCUAUGGCUUCUGGCGAAUAUGCUCCAAUGGGCCAAGAGACAGAAUAUUUUUGGUAUCGGGGCUGGGAAUUAGACGCAAUUGAAGACCCUCGGGACUUAGACCCUAUACGAUAUGCAAUUAUCGCAUCUCUCGUUGAAGAGCUUGUUACUGCGUUUAACUGGCGACUAAGCCUAGGGAUGAGAAGGAACCGCCAGCAUAUAAUCCGAAACACCGAUAGCGACCCAUACCCCCCAUAUACACCAGUAUCUGGACCCAACUGGGCUAAAUAUGUACCACCGAUCAUGCCAGAAAACCUAGCAGGACUACCGCAGAAGUUUAUAAAUAAAGAAAAUCAGCUCGUGCUUGAAGAGAAAGGCUGCAGCAAGACGUUCUCGAAACGUAAUAUCGUUACAAAUGUUGGCUGGCUAUACACUAUAUGA